AUGACUAGUCCUGAUCAAAUUGCAGCUCAGAUACUGAGCACAAAGUCUCUCUCAGUCGCCCAACCCUGGCUCAAUGCCUUCCUUUCAUCCUGCAGCACGUCACAACGCAAUAUUCCCGCCUCGGCUCUCGCGCAGACGGCUAUAUUCCGUCUCCUCGCCUCUGAUAUCAAGGAAUCACUCUCCAAACACAGGUCAUGCGUUUUACCAGUCGACAUCCAUAACCCGGCGGUGCAGGAGCGACGGCUACAAGGCUCAAUCCCCGUACAAGUGCUAGACAUCGAAGACAUCGGCACGAGUCUAUGGAGCCAGAUUGAAGCGAUUGAACGGGUUGAACGCGGUGAAGCGAUCCGCGGCCGUGAGAUUGUGCGCACAAUAGCGGUAGGGGAAGACUCUGAGGCAUCGGAGAACAAUCGCGCGAACAACAACCCCACCGGCGGUGCUGCAGGUGUGUCCGGGAACAGUGGGUAUGGGCCGCAUCGCCUGAUUCUUCAGGAUGCAGCCGGUACCUUGGCUGUGGGUGUUGAAAUGCAGCGGGUUGAGGGGAUAGCGUUGGAGAAACUUGCUAUUGGGGGGAAGCUCUUGCUCCGUAAUCCGUCUGUUGCGCGAGGUAUGGUGUUACUUUCUCCGGGGUCUGUUACUCUGCUUGGUGGCAAGAUUGAGACUCUGGAUAAACCGUGGAGGGAGGGUAGGAAGGCUAGGUUGUUGGAGAAGACUGCAGGCAUCGAGAGAGAAUAA